AUGAAUAGUCCAUACAGAGUGGUGGAGAAAGACCAGAAGUCCGACACAGGACCAGAAGUCCGACACAGGACCAGAAGUCCGACACGGGACCAGAAGUCCGACACAGGACCAGAAGUCCGACACAGGACCAGAAGUCCAACACGGGACCAGAAGUCAGACACAGGACAAGAAGUCCGACACAGGACCAGAAGUCAGACACAGGACCAGAAGUCCGACACAGGACCAGAAGUCCGACACAGGACCAGAAGUCCGACACAGGACCAGAAGUCUAACACGGGACCAGAAGUCAGACACAGGACCAGAAGUCCGACACAGGACCAGAAGUCCGACACAGGACCAGAAGUCCGACACGGGACCAGAAGUCCGACACAGGACCAGAAGUCCGACACAGGACCAGAAGUCCGACACAGGACCAGAAGUCCGACACAGGACCAGAAGUCUAACACGGGACCAGAAGUCCGACACAGGACCAGAAGUCCGACACAGGACCAGAAGUCCGACACGGGACCAGAAGUCCGACACAGGACAAGAAGUCCGACACCAACUGUUAAACACGAAACCUCAUCACCGGACGAACCAGAUCCCAAGGCUGAAGCGGGGGAUUGGAGAGGAUUUUUAUUUUUGGACCCGGGCCAGAAAGUCUUGGAGGAGGAGGAGGAAGAGGAGGAGAAAAGAAGAGAAAGUGGGAGAAGGAGAACCAAAAGAGAAGAAGAAGGACAAGACGAAGGUGCUCUGAACGUCGUUUAUUUUAUAGCAAGAAACCAAGCCGAUGAUAUUAAUAUAGAAGCAGCAGACAAAGGAACACAGAUCAAAGAAGGGGAGAGAAAUAGCAGCAUCAACUGCAGCUCAUGGUGA